UUAUCGACUAUUAUCCUUACUCCGUUAAAUAAGAACGGAGUGACCAACUGCAGAUAAUUUCAAAGGCGAUUUGACUCCGGACAAGCGAGGUUUGGCGAUCCAUGUUAACUUCUCUUGUUAAACGAUGGCAGCAGAUAUAGUUCGUCUAUCAUAUCCGGCUUCAAGAGGACUUGGAGAACCAAUUCGACUCGCAUUGGUUGCAUCUGGUAUUGAAUAUACCGAUAAUUACCUGAGGACCAGAGAAGACAUGGUCAAAUUAGUGGAAGGUGGAAAAUUGAUGUUCAAGCAGGUCCCUCUGUUGGAGAUCGACGGAUUAAAUCUUAUUGGAUCUGAAGCUAUCCUCCGCUAUGUUUGCCGCAAAGGUGGCCUCGAUGGAAAAACAGACGAAGAAAAAGUGAAAAUCGACAUGCUUGCAAUGGGAGCGAAGGACAUGGUGUUCCAGAACGUCAUAUAUUCCCGGUUUCACGAAAUCCUGAUAUCAAAGGAGAAAGCCGAAGAAGAUAUCCGAACCGCCAUCAAGGAAUGCAAGAACCGAUACCUCCCGGUUUUUGAGAAGGUAUUGUCGGAGAGUAAAUCUGGUUUCUUUGUUGGUGAUUCCCUUACAAUGGCUGAUAUCGUGCUAUUCGAUGCGCUGAGCUGCGUCAACGAGAUACCCGAAUUUAAAGAAAUCCGACUAAUGGACGAGUACCCGCUCUGUGUGGCGUUCAUUGAUCACUUCUCCAACCAACCGAGGCUUAAGGAAUACCUUACUAGUGAGAGGCGACAUACUGUUAUUGACCUUGAACAAGCUGCUUAUGCCUCCCGGGUAAUGGGCUGGCUACCAUCUUAAGGUUUCUAUAGAACAGCCAGGGCCCCAUUUUACACAGAACUACGAUUGAUCUGAUCAACAAGAACUGUGAAAGGCCACACUGUAAAAGCUGUGGUGUUAAAACUGACACCAGUUGGUGUAAAUAGAGGACCACACCCUGAGGUGUUAAAAUAACACCCUAGAGA